AUGCUGCGACUUGUGCAAGGAGUUUUUCAUGCUGUCUCUCUGUGCUCCAUUCUGUUUGGAUUUUAUUGGAUGCACAUCGGAGGGAUGCUAUCGUUUGCGGUCGUUGCAAAAAUGUUCACGUUGUGGACUGCAAUUGCUUUGAUUAUUUACUUUUUCGGAUGUUUAUUAGAGGAUUUAAUGGGCUCAGUAUCAUCGGGAAAAUCAAUGAUGAGAUCCUUGUUGAGUGAUUUUUUUCAUUUGACGUUUAUCAUGUCAGCAGCUACUGUAAUUUUAUUCUGGUCCAUUUAUUGGAUGAAUCCUGAAAAUAUGGUUCCAAAAGGAUUUUAUUAUCCAGAUGGACUGAAUCAUAUUCAUCACACUUUACCAUUGGUCAUUGUAUUGAUCGAAAUGAUAGUGGUACGAUCGAGAAAUGAUUUACUUGACGGAAUUUGGACACGAAAAUUCUAUUUGAUCUGUGUGGUGCCGGUCAUUUAUUUAUCGUUCACAGGUUUGACAAGAUAUCUAAAAGGUACCUUCCCUUAUCCAUUCAUGCAAGCCUGGGGAGUCGUUGAGUUCACAAUAUUCUAUGUGUUUGCAACAGUUUUGGCAGUGUUCAUGCAUUAUGUGGUUUAUUGGUUUAUUAAUGUCGUGAAAAAAGCCUCAAAGAAGUUGGACUAA